GCGCCGGGCGCGGAACCGACGCCGCGGCGCUGGCGCUGCGAGUCGCCGGAGCGCGCUCGCGCGACGGACUCGGCGCCGCGGCCCGAGUUCGCGUUGCCCGACAACGCCCGCGCGGCGCCGGAGCCGCCGGCCGACGCCGCGCGCCGCUCGCCGACGGGCGCGGCGCGCUCGUGCGGCGCGCGGCCCCGCGCGUGCGUGGAGGCGCGCGCGGCCGUGCACGCGCUGCUGGCGGCGAGCGGCGCGCUGUACGCGCUGGCGUUCCUGGCGUUCUACUUCCUGAGCCUGCAGUGAGCCGCCCGACGGCGGAGACGCCUCUGCGCAGUUGCGGUCCCCGUUGUUGUACGACUCCUAUGAUAAGUUUAAAAUACAAUAGUAUGAUAUAAUUUUAUACCCGUUAGACUCAAAAUGUACGUAAUAUAUACGAUUUUUCCUACUCGUAUAUGUUCUAGUUAUUACUUCUAUAUUGAUUAUUUUUAAUGGAGUAUUGAGUGUUGAAUUUGCAAAGCUUCAAACAAUAAAAGUAUCUAUGCA